AUGUAUAACGAAUAUGAGCUUCAAUUAUCUCCAUUUGGACGAAAAGUUUUGAUAUCUUUAUUAAAAAUUAAAGAAGAACGCAGAAAUAACUUUCUUAAACCUAUUUAUCCACCGCCUGUACCACGUUAUCAAAAUAGACAAAUUUUACGGUUCAAUAACUUUAGUCCUCCAAAAUCUCAACCAUUGAGCAGCGACAAAGUCGAAGAAAUAACAAGCAUCGAACAGAAUAUUAACAAUGUAGGAGACGAACGAUUUGAAACAGAUAUUAUACAACACGCUUCAACCUCUUUUGAUUUAUUAAUAUCUGAGCAGUUUAAAAGUACCAUUACGACAGACGAGCUCGUACACUUGACCGAACAGAUCCCCUCACCAAAUAAAGUAACAGAUGAUACUAUAGACGUAGAGUUAGUUUUCGAUCAAAUGUUUGACAUAGACGAUAUAUUUAAAUGUGUCGAUGAUCAUAAUAACGACGGAAAUAAAUUACACGCCGACGUGCCUCACAACGCUGUUAGUAAAACAGACACGAACGAAAUCUCGGAGACUACUGAAAUCAUCCCUAAAGAUACGAUAAAACGGAAAAAUGUUAGAAAUUCUGAGGGCUCUGGGAAGAAAAGAAAUAAAAUUAACGAUAAUGAGACUGGAAAGAAGAGCUAUCGCAAAAAAAAGUACACGACCACUGUUAGGAAUUGGCUGAAGGAGGUCCAACCGUUACAUAAUGAGAAUGAGGGAGGGGAGGGAGGAGGAGAAGAGAAACACGAACAGGGUAAGAAGAAGAGGGAGAUGGUGCAGUCCAGGCUUCAGAAUAAGGGAGGAGUCAUGAGAUACGGCAGGGGGAAGGAAAAAGACGAACACACACACGAGCAGCAGGUCACAGAAGACCAGCUGAAGAAGGCCACUAAGAAAGUUGUUAGUGAGAAGAAAUCAAAGAAGAAGUUCGUAGCACCGCUCAAGAGCCAGGUCCCCGUUAAAGAUAUCACGUACCCAAUACAAAUUUAUGAAGACGCCGGUUGUAAGGAGUUUGAAAACGCUGAUCUCGUCAAUAAGGAGGUUUUCAUGACUUUAAUAUUCAGCAAUGGUUCAUGUCAGCUGAACAGUAGCCACACGGUCACGGGCUCGGUGGAAGGUCUUAUAUUGUGUAUCGAUGAAACCUUUUAUUAUUUCAAAGGACCGAACAGCGUUACGGAUGCCUUGGGAAGAACAUUAUCCUCCAACCAAUUAAUAUGUUAUGACGCCAAAACAAUUAUUAAAUAUCUAGUUAGUCUUGGGAGAGAUGUUCAACUAUAUCAGUUUUUGGAUGUCAAGAUCGCUGGACACCUGGUGAGUCUCAGCCAGUGUCCUGAGACCUUCUCCGAGCUGUGUGAGCGAGUGUCCUCGAGGCCUGACUACACCCUCGCCUCGGAGUGUAUCUUACAAAGAACAGCCUGGCACGUGACGAUGAUGAAGGAAGUGUGGGCGACUCUGAAUACUACCAUGGUGCAGGAUGGACUAUAUGAACUUUUUGUUGGCACUGAGAUGAAGGUGUUACAGAUAUUAGCAGAUAUGGAACAGAGAGGCGUGUGUGUGGAUGUAGAGAGACUCGAGGCUAUGGGGGAGGUGCUGAAGACACGCAUGAAGGAGGUGGAGGAGGAGUGUUACCGAGCGGCCGGCAGGAACUUCCAGAUCAACUCCGCGACACAGCUCAGGCAGAUACUGUACGGAGAUCUGGAACUUGACCAGAAAUGUAAUAUUACAGUACGGAAGACGAGCGCCAAGGGAGACAAGUCCACCUCCGAAGACGUGCUCCGUUCCCUGAUGUCGGUCCACCCUCUACCGGGUCUGAUCCUGGAGUACCGUCACCUACAUAAGGCCCACUCGACCUUCAUCACGGGCAUCGCUCAUCACGUUGUGGACGGUGUCGUUAAACCGACCUGGGACCAAACGGCGGCGGUGACGGGUCGCAUCUCUUCCAGCAACCCGAACCUGCAGGCCAUUCCUAAGACAUUCAACUUGGUCCUCUUUCCGCAGGAUGACGCUGAUCCAGUGUCUCUAAGUUUCCGCUCGGUGUAUCGAGGCCGUGCGGGCUGGCGGCUGGUGGUGGCGGACUUCAAGCAGGUGGAGUGCCGCGUGCUGGCUCACGCCGCCCAGGAUGAGCAGCUGGAGCAGGCGCUCACCAGCGACGACCUGUUCAUUGACCUCGCCGCACGAUGGUUGGAGAAGCCGGUGGAGGAGGUGAGCGGCAAGGACCGGGAGCGGACCAAGCGGCUGGUGUACGCCGGCCUGUACGGGGCGGGCGCGAAGACUAUGGCCGAUAUACUGCAGCUACCACACGGACAACUGGAGGACCUCAUACGCAGCUUUGACAGAACGUUUCCAUCUCUGAAGCGUUUCUGUAAGGGCGUGUGGUCUGAGUGUUCGCGGGACGGACGCGUGUCGACGGUCGGCGGGCGGACUCGGACCUUCCCGAACAUAUCCAGCGAGGACGGCUCCUUGAGGGCUCAGGCCCAGCGACAGGCGGUUAAUUUUAUCAUUCAAGGCUCGGCGGCGGAGCUGUGUAAGCGUUCCAUGUGUGAGUGUGUGUGUGUGGUGCGGCGGGCGAGGGUCGAGGCUCACCUGCUGCUGGCUGUACACGACGAGCUGGUGUGGCAGGUGGCCGAGGAACACGUGCCGCGCGCCGCCGGUCAGAUACUGAUAUACUGUGAACCACGCUCUAUAUACACACUACACGUGACACAUUUUGUUGAUAUUACGAAGCUCAGGGAAGAAAUAAUCAAGUCGUGUAUGGAGGGCUGCGGCCGGCAGCUGGGUCUGCGGGUCCCCCUACCGGUCGCCCUGUACACGGGGAGCAGCUGGGGGGAACUGGAGGAAUACACACACGCGGGGGACCGUGAAGAAAUGGGUCAGGGGCACGGUUAA